AUGGGUUUCACUAAGCCCCCUGUGCAGGCGCUGAAAGCGGCCAAUAAAUUAAAACGCCAAGAACUUUUCAUCCAGCACAAAAAGGCGUCUGGAAAAGAGCGAAGAGAAGCUCGACACCGUCGGAGAAAGGAAGAGAACAGAGAGCCAGAACUCAAGACUGCCCGAUUGGCCAAGAACAAGACUCUCACAUUGGAUCAAAAGCGAGUAUGGGACGAAGGCAAUGACGACAGUCUGGGCGCUCAGGUUGACUUGGAAAAGUUGAGGCGGAGGCAAAUGGAGGAAGCUGAAGCUGAGGAACGGGCGGCCCUCGACGCGGAAAUGAAGGAUGAUGAUGAUGAGGAGGACAACGACAGCAUGUUGGAUUCGGAUGACGAUGAAGAUGACGAAGCGAGACAGGCUGCGUUGGAGAAGCAACGAGAGAAACGGGCGAAACGAGAUAAUAGCGUAGCGCCGUCAACCACAAGCACAAACCUCGACUUGACACCGUCGUCCCUGGCGCUCAAGUUCCCGUCUUUAUUCAGCGAUAUUCCUGCACCGGACCCCAAAGUCCUGGUCACAACCUCUCUCAACUCUACUAUUCACUACGAAGCGCAGCUUCUAGGCACCCUGUUCCCAAAUAGCACAUAUAUCCCCCGAUCCUCACAUCGCUAUGGGCACAAGUAUUCGCUACGAGAAAUUUGCAAGUUCGCAACAAACAGGGACUACACUACUGUUCUUCUUGUGAAGGAGGAUUUGAAGAAACCCACUGGGUUGUCGGUCGUCCAUCUGCCGUCUGGGCCAACGUUUCAUUUCUCAAUAUCAAAUUGGAUCGAAGGCAGAAAACUCCCUGGCCACGGAAACCCUACCAACCACUACCCCGAACUGCUUCUCAACAAUUUCAAGACGCCGCUGGGCCUUCUCACAGCCAAGCUGUUUCAGACACUCUUCCCCCCACGGCCUGAAUUCCAGGGUCGCCAGGUGGUCACUCUCCACAACCAGCGAGACUACAUUUUUGUUCGCCGACAUCGAUAUGUUUUCCGCGAGAAACGGGCUACGGAAAAAAGCAUUGCAGGUGCUGAUGGAAAGGAGAUGAAGGGCGUAGAGGGGAUCCGCGCAGGCUUGCAGGAACUUGGCCCGCGAUUUACGCUGAAGCUGAGGAGAGUUGAUAAGGGCAUUGGACGGGCGGGCAGUGAGGGCGAGGAUGCAACCCAAUGGGAGUGGAAAGCCAAGAUGGAGAAGGAUCGCAAGCGGUUCAACCUGUAA